CACACAGCCACCCACAUCGCAAGCCAUGUCUGUUCGCCUGCGUGAGGACAUCUACGGUGGCCCACAGGAUGACCUGUUGCGGUUUUGGCUCUCGGUUGACAUCCCUCGCCAGCUGGCAGAGAAGAGCCUGACCACCCCACACCUGGCUCCAACAGGGUCAUUCAUCCUGCGCCGAUCGAAGAGCUCUCCCGGCAACUAUGCCGUCACCGUUGUGCAGGGGAAGACGAUCAAGUCUUACGAGAUUAUGGACCUUGGCAUGGGCCAGAUUGGGCUCGGCACAGGCCAGGCCUUUGAGAGCCUGGAGACCAUGCUUGACUUCUUCUACACGCAUCCGUUCCCAGACGAAGGCAAUGGCCACGUCGCCCUCACCCGCAUGCAUCCCCACAUCCACGGCGUGCGCAUGCCGCGGCUGAUGGCCCCACCGGCUCACGAGGUUCCUGUCGCCGACAGCAUGUACGAGACCAUCGAGUCUGCCGAGCGGCACAUGGUGUCUCAGGGCGCACUGCCUGAACGCGUCGGCUCCAAGCCGCAGCAGCAGCAUCAGCAGCGAGGGCCUGCCCGCGACCCAACAUACGACGACAUCGACGAUGCCACAUACGGGGACACGGGCGCCCCCGCUGUUGUGCAGCAGCAGCAGCGCAUUGCGCCUGCGUCGACCUCGUCGCGCGUUGGCGGGUCCAUCCUGCGUGUGCCCUCGCAUCGCCGCCCGUCCACAUCUGCAACUGCGCCGACAGCCGGGUACGAGGGGGAGCUGACCAAGCCCGCUGUUGGGUACGGUGACGUGGCCCAGCCGGACAACACAUAUGGGGAUAUGGCGGCGCCCAUGGCAAACCUUUCCCUGUACGGCGACAGCGCAUACGCCGAUGCUGACGACGGCAUGUAUGGUGACACGGGCGCGGCCGAGAACUUGUAUGGCGACGACAGCGCCGCACCACCGCCACCACGACCAGCAGUGCCCAAACCAUACCAGGGCACCGGCACAAACAGCCGCAUGGGCACUGCCACCACAGCAGCACCAGCCACGAGGACCACGGUCACGCAGGCGACGGAGAGCGUGUAUGGCGAUGCGUUUUACGGGGACGCGCCACAGGCCGUCGACUCACACAUCUACGGAGACGACGACACGCCGAACCUGUACGGCGACGCAGACAUGGGCACCACGCGGCCGGGCAACAGCGCAAUGCCGCCACCAAUCUCGUCGUCGUCAGCAGCAGGGCGCGACCGCAAGAACACGUCCGAUGAGCUGUACGACAUGCCCCGCAACAAGGCCAACAGUCGGGCAGGGCAGGUGACAUACUCGCUUCCACAGGACAUCCGCGCUGGCGAGUCGCAGCCCAUGUACGGGGACACGGCCGCCGACGAUGAGUACAACACAGAGGCGGGCCACGCUUCGCUCAUGUCAUUUGCCAUGCCGUCCAACAUCUACGGCGAGCCUGCAAGCAACGACGACGUGUACGGCGAACCGGCCCCCGCCCCUUACGGCACCCCUGCCUCUGAGCAGGACGUGUAUGGCGACACGCCCCCCGCACCAUACGACAAACCCCGCUCGACGGGCGUGAAGCGACAGCAGAAGGUCGCUGGCAGCAUGGACCAGGGCGCCCGCUGGUGA